AAAAUAGAAGACGUCUAAAUUGCCAUUUUUCUAGACGUGCAUUUAGACUAGACGUAACUUAGACUUCUUCGACGUCGGUUAGACGUCGAAUCGAUGUCUAUGUUCUCUCUGGGUAUACGUUUUAUAAACGUAUGUAACGUUUUAUUAUCAUUUGUAAAACAUAUCAAAAACGUUUCUUAAACAAUACGUGUUACUUAGGAAACAUCACGGGAGUGAGUGACAAGUUAUAAAGACAGAGGUUAACAUCAAAUUUUGUGAAUCGGCAGUUUCUCGUGCUAUUUUGUCGAAGAAGAAGAAGAAGUUAGUACCAAAUGUCAAAAGCCGUAAAUUUCAGAUAAUGUUUGCAUCGAGUUCAUAAGCGUAAAAAUAAACAGUGCGACUGUUUUUACUAUAGGUCGUAUAUUUAUAUAAAAAAAUAACGUUAUCUGAAAUUUAUGGCUUUUGACAUUUGGUACUAACCUUCUUCUUCUUCUUCUUCUUUUUCUUCCACAAAACAGCACGAAACUACCGACUCAUAAAAUUUGAUGUUAUCUCUGUCUCUAUAAAGGCCAUCACACACAAAAUUCCGUAAGAACUUAAAACAUAAGCGUAAAGAAAUCGACUAAUCCCAAUUGAACACUCGGCUCUUCAUAACCCUUCCAUUAUUACGAAGAGCCGAAUACUUGAUUGGGAUUGGUCGAGUUCCUUACGCUUACGACUUAAGUUCUUACGGAAUUUUGUGUGUAAUGAUCUUUACUUAUCACUCACUCCCGUGAUGUUUAGUUUUGAUACCGUGACAUAUAAUCUGUCACAACUCUACACCUCUUUACACUCUUCCGUCCGACAAUGAUAGUGGGUGCUUCCGAAAUGUCCAGGUUUGGGUCAAGUUGAGUUAGUUCCACUAUAGUAUCCGUUACAUAUACUAUAAUGGAACUUACUCAAUUCGACUCAACUCUGGGUAUUUCGGAAGCACCCAUUAAUUUGGCUUGAGAAAUGAAUCUAUGGAUCCUAGGAAUUUUUGAACGUUGCUAACGCUGUCCCCUCUUUUUUUAUGGAUUUUGUCCGCUUACCAUAAUAAUUAUCUAAAUACCCGUCGCGAAAAAUAAAUAUUAAAUAUAUUAUAAAAUAAAAAUAGUUUUACCGUUAAAAAAAAUCAUUGAAAGUAAAUGGCUUUUUCAAUGGUAUUUUCAAUGGCAAACUGAAUGAGUUUUUGCCAAUAGUAAUAUUUUAACAGUGAGCGAUUUUACCACUGGUCAGUGGUACUUACCAGUGGUACCAAAUAUAUAAAAUAUUAUUAACAUAUGUUUAACCUAACCGAAAGUGUGGAUGCUCCAAACAGAAAAAUUUUGAACAUUACCUUCGCAUCUACAUUUGUAAGCUUAAAAAUAUCAAAAAAGUUUACAGAAAGAUUUCUACACAUAUAUGGUUAGGUUUUCCAUUGAAUAUGGUAAAACAAAACAACACACAUUCAUAUAAAUUCUAUAUAUACAAGAAAUACGAAAAGGAUAGCGUGAUUAUUUAGUGACGAUCGUCUCUGUAUUAUCGACGUUGUUCGAGUUCGUCAUCGAUCCAGCAUCCCUUAACGACGGAUCAAACCAUCAUCGGUUGCAUGGGCAACGAGUUCCAAACAAUCAUAUAUACGUUUGCACGACUACGCGCACGUUUAUGUAUUAAAAAUUUUUAUCGUGCUUGUAUGUUACAUACAAUGACUUCAGAUUAAAGAUUCGAAGGUGAUGGUGAUAAAAUGUACCAAACUAGUGUGCCGUCCGAGGCCGCGCUAGAGCCUAGUGUAAUAACACAAAGUAUACUCGUUUCGUUAGCAAUCGAUCAGGGACCAAAGAAAGAGGCCGGUAGAUUAUUCUUGCAGGAUGGAAUUGAAUUGGAGAAGUUAAAGGAAAUACGUAUUGAAUUUCUUAAUAUCCUAAACAUCGAUCAUCUCUGGAUGUUGAAAGGCUUGGUAAAAUUGACAUUAUCCCACAAUGUUAUCGAGCGAAUCGAAAAUCUAGACGAGCUCGUCCACUUGCGCGAGCUGGAUCUUUCGUUCAAUCGUAUCAAAGUUAUGGAGAAUCUAAAUAAUCUCGAACAACUAGAGAUUCUGCUAUUAUUUCGCAAUAAAAUCGCCGUUGUACAGGGCAUAGAUAACUUGAGUAAAUUGACUAUUUUGAACAUCGGAAAAAAUAAAAUCACUGACUGGGAGCACGUCACGUACUUACGCAACUUCAAGUUUCUACGGAGUUUAAACGUGUGCGACAAUCCCUGUGCCGAAAUUGACGGAUACACGGAUUAUGUGUUUGCAUUCAUACCGCAAUUGCUUUAUUAUCAAUACAGAAUGAUACCCGAGAGCGCGCGGCAGUCCGCCAUAGAAAAACACUAUCGCGUAAUCAGUAAUCUUGAGGAGAACGAGACGAAGAAGCAAGCGGAAGUAUCGUUACGACGAGAAUUCGAGGAGAAGCUCGGAUUAUUAAUCGCGUCGUACGUAGAACACCUCGAUGGAGAUGAUCUUUUCCAACAAAUGUUUGCUUCUGACGAAAAUGGUAAAACUCUCAGUAUGGUAACUGAAGAAACGCAGGACAUAUUCGAGAAAUAUAGAGAAUCUUUUUCCGCGAUAUGCAACGAAUUGUGCGAACUGGGUUUGCAAGAACACAACAAAAGAAACGAAGAAAUGGCAUUGUACGAGGCUGCUGUUAAUGAAGGCGAGGAGAACAUGCAAAAUGAAUCGAGAAAGAUUGUGGAUGAAGUACUUGAAAGAAAAACUGUGAUAUUCGCGAACAUAAAGGAUGCAGUGGAAGCUCUAAUGGAGGCGGAGGGCGAUACGGCUGACAAAAUCGCCAAGAAAACAAAGCAAUUUUUUAACGAGUUCAAUGAUUUGGUACAAAAUGCACGAAAUCAAUUAAUGUCUAAAGAACUUAUAUUACACAAUCAGUUGAAGGACCUAAAUGAAGUGUUCAAGAUUAAUAUGACAGAUAUGGUAAACUCAUUCUUGGAUAUUGCUCGAGCAAUCUUCUCGCGUUUACGAAACGCAGAAGUUGAGUAUAAUCAUUCUGUAAACGCGGCGAUUCUACGUUAUCUAAGUAUUAGAAUUGGAAACAACGUGAGCGUACCGGCUCACUUAAUAAACUUAUGCGAUGAUAAAAAAUCCUUGACGACCACUCUUUCUGCGUCACACGAUAUACAUUUACAAAUAAUAUACAAUCGGGAGCAGCGUCUAAUCAAUCGAUUCAGUGAUUGGCUCAAAGAGAAUGUCGAUCAAUUGAUAGCGAAUGAAACUAAACGGAGUCGUAAGCAUAUAUUGGAAAUAUCGCAUUUCUUCGAAAUGCAACAAGAGGAAUUUAACUUGCUCAGCAUACCGCAACAAUUUGAUAUAACGGAUAUUGAUUUAAAUGAGGUUGCUACAUUGUAAGAUCGAUGAUCAAUGAACGACAUUUAGG